AAGCCCCCAUACCCCUACGUUGAGUUGAUUUCGUACGCCAUCAAUAGCCAUCCGAGCCAGAAGAUGGCGCUCUCCGAGAUUUACAACUGGUUGCUUGUUCACUUUCCUUGGUUUCAAACGGCCACUAGCAACUGGAGGAACUCCGUAAGGCACAACUUGAGUCUUAACAAGAAGUUCGUUCGAGUUCCACGAGAAGCCGCCGACGGAGUCGGGAAAGGCGACCUAUGGACCGUAGAG